AUAUAUAUAUAUAUAGAAACCUUUUGGUAUGAGGAGAUUAAGAAAAAAAAGAAAAGAAAGAGAAAGGUGUUCUUCUUUAUGGGACACCUUUUGCUGUGCUAGGAUUCAAAGUAAAGAUGUUGAGGAGGCUCCAUCUGCUGCUGCUCUUCGCCAGCGUAACUGCUUCCGGUGAAACUGAUCCUGGAGAUGUUUCUGCUCUCAAAUCCUUGAUGACCAAAUGGAAAAACUCACCGCCAAGUUGGGACGAGUCGAAAGAUCCUUGCGGCGCACUGUGGGAUGGGGUCUCCUGCAACAAUUCUAGAGUGACCGAAUUGAGACUAUUUAACAUGGGACUUGAAGGUACGUUGAGUGAGGACAUUGGGAAGCUUGACCAGCUGCAGAUCCUGGACUUGUCCUACAACCGAAAACUAGGAGGUCAGCUCACAUCAGCCAUUGGGAACUUGCCAAAACUUAAAACCUUGAACUUGAUUAGUUGCAGUUUCGUCGGUAUCAUUCCAGAUGAACUAGGCAAUCUAGGGCAACUGACCUCCUUGUCUCUCAACUCAAACCAGUUCACAGGCAGAAUACCUGUUUCCUUGGGUAAACUUUCCAACCUCGAUUGGCUGGACCUUGCAGAUAAUCAGCUGAACGGAUCCCUCCCAACCUCAAUGAAUGGGGCUCCAGGGUUGGACCAACUAUUCAAAGCAGGACACUUCCAUUUUAAUAAGAACAAUUUAUCAGGCCCCAUCCCAGAAAGUCUCUUCAACGCCAAUAUGACAUUACGGCAUGUGCUUCUCGAUAGAAACCAGUUAAUUGGGGAAAUUCCAGAGUCAGUUGGACUUGUGCUCACACUUGAGAUCCUUCGUCUGAAUAACAAUAAGCUGAACGGCACCGUUCCUUCUAGUAUUAGUAAUCUUGCAAAUCUCCACGUUCUAAAUUUAGGAAACAACAAUCUUACGGGACAAAUGCCCAAUUUAACUGCGACAAGGGAGCUAAAAUAUGUGGAUUUGAGCAACAAUUCAUUUCUUCCUUCUGAAGCUCCAAGUUGGUUUUCAUAUUUGAAAAACAUAACUACUCUUAUAAUAGAGUCUGGUGGACUUCAUGGGCCAAUGCCGCAAGAACUGUUCAGCGUUUCUCAACUGGAGAAAGUAACGUUGGACAACAAUGAAUUCAAUGGUUCCCUCGAUAUGGGCAAUGACAUCAGCAAGCGAUUACAGAUUGUGAGCUUCAGAAACAAUGCGCUUAACUCAGUCAUGCUAUCUACAAACUAUAACAACACUUUAAUACUUUCAGGAAAUCCUGUAUGCAGCAAAUCUGACCUUGAGGAUACAACUUACUGUAAAACUCAGCAAGAAACAUCGGUACCUAGUUCACCUAAUAAUAAAAGUUGUUCCCACCCAUAUGAGGGUGCUAUGAUUUUCAGAGCUCCUUCCUUUGGUAUUGUCACCAAUAGCUCAAUCCAGUUAUUAGAGAAAAAUUUGUCAGCAAAACUGGAAUGUGCUCCGAAUGGCUUCACUCUCGAAAAUUGCUUCUUCAACAAUGAUGGUUACUUAGAGGUGAAGCUGAUAAUCUGCCCAUCUGAUGGAAAGUACUUCAACCGGAGUGAGAUAUUGGAUUGCUUUAAAAUUUUGAGCAGCCAAGAUUUUGUGCCACCCGAUAUAUUUGGACCGUACUAUUUCACUGCAAGUAUAUAUUUAUUUGAGGAAGAAGGUCUGCAAAAUAAAAACUCCUUAUUUUACAUGAUAUUUAUUAAAGGCUGCAUCGUUUUCUUCGCACUUGUGGUUCUUGUUCUCUUUAUAGUACUUUUCGUCUGUUGGCGACAACAAAAGAGACGUGAUCAACAAGACGUUUCCCAGAGCAAUCCUUUUGCAUCAUGGGCAUCUACCGGCGAAGACAAUGUCAGUGCACCAACACUUAGAGCACCAAAAUGCUUCACAUAUGAUGAAUUGAAGGAGUGCACUAAUGGUUUCCGAGGUACCAAUGAAAUUGGUGUGGGUGGAUAUGGAAAGGUCUACAAAGGAAGGCUUCUAAAUGGGCAGAUCGUUGCGAUUAAGAGACGUAAACAAGGCUCAGAGCAAGGCAGACCUGAAUUCAAGAACGAACUUGAGCUGCUUUCUCAGGUUCAUCACAAGAAUCUGGUCGGAUUAGUCGGGUUUUGCUGCGAGAAAGGGGAACAGAUGAUUGUCUAUGAAUUUAUGUGCAAUGGAACCAUAGAAGAGAGCUUGUCAGGAAAGCGUGACCAACAAUUGGACUGGAACAGGAGACUUAUCAUAGCUUUGGAUUCAGCUACAGGAUUAGCUUAUCUUCAUCGCCAUGCCAGUCCUGCAAUCAUUCACGGAGAUGUCAAGUCUUCUAAUAUCCUUUUGGAUGAAAAUUUAAGUGCAAAGGUCGCAGAUUUUGGUAUAUCAAAAUCAGUUCCAAACAGCGUGACAAAUUAUUUCACUUAUAUUGAUAAGGGAACACCUGGAUAUCUGGCCCCUGAGGCCAUGCAACAGCAAAUAACGAUGAAGAGCGAUGUUUAUAGUUUUGGUGUGGUAAUGCUGGAGCUAAUAACUGCAAAACCGGCGAUAUGUAACUAUGGGUAUCUUGUUGAGAGAGUGAAGAACACAUUGGAUAAACAAGUCACAGAAUACUGUGGUCUGAAGGACCUCCUCGACCCUGUUCUCUUGGAAACCGAAAAUCUCAUCGGAUUCGAGAGGUUCUUAGAUUUGGCACUGCAAUGCACUGAGAUUUCACCUGACAAUCGUCCAACAAUGAGUGAUGUUGCAAAGGAGAUUGAGACUAUACUGAAGAGUAAUGGAAUGAUGGAGAUAGCCUCAACUUCAGAAUCCUCAGCUGCUGCAGGUUUAGGCAGUCCGAGGGCUUGCAAUCCUUCUGAUGAUUUGUAUUCUUCUUCUGGAAGCUAUGCGAGCAGCAGCAGAGCUUUCGAAUGCAGCAGUGAAUUUGCCUCUCGAAGCAGCUCUAGGCUGAUCAACAAUGGAUCUUUAUUUAAAUUUGCUGGUUUUACGAUGUAAUGGAGAGCAUCUAAGUUGCAAUGUUUCAUCUGAGUCGACCUUCAACAAAGAAUGUAGAUGUCUCUCUUUCCUGCAUCUCUCUUUGAUGCACCACUUUGUAAAAUAGGUUACUUAACAAGGUUUGGUGUGUAUAAAGUAGUUAAAUAUUUUUUGAUGUUUGUACAGUUUGCUAAAACACUUGUCUUGAAUGCAGUAAUCUUUCUUUGUGUUUA